AUGCCACCAAAGUUCAAACGACCGACGAUCCCAACAGCCGCCAAAGCCGAAAAUAAGACCAGCGAACUAGACGAUGAUACCUUUUUCUCUCGGAAUACCAAGGGUUGGGACGGUGUAGACCUUAAAGCAUUGACAAGCCCCACUCGAGAGAAACGAAGAUCAAGUUCUCCAGAACAUGAAUACAUCUCACUACCGAAGAAGCGCAAGAUCAAGGCGAAAAAGGCACCCGAUUGGAUGGAUCCAGACGCGGUAAUAACGCUCGACGACUCAGAUGAGGCAGUCGAACAUUUGAUAAAUGAUUCAGAAGAGUCUAAACCCCGUGCGCAAGCGAAGCAGGACAAGGGUAAAGGCAGAGCGCCUCGGGCCAGGAAGAGGAGCAUCACUCCGCCUCCAGAAGUCUCAGCAACGAAGCUCAUAGCUGCAUACCAAGCUGCAAACAAGUUGUUUGAAAAUAUGGAACCAUCGAAUAUUACCUCCAACUCGCACCGCGAUGAGGACAAGGACGAGGAUGAGGAGCCUAUCGAGGCAUUGGAUGAAGAAACACUAGCGAUCAUUGACAAGGCAAAGCAAUUAGCGUCCAUCAAAUCUCCAGAACUUGAGGCACAAUCACCCGUCUACGCCGGGGGAUCAUCAUUCCAUCCAGACGAAGAGGAGUUGGAAACUGAUAGCCUGAAACUAUACGUCUUUUGGAAAGGCCCUCCUCGAGAGGACUUCCCUCAAAAGUGGCGUUUUCAAUUCAAUCUGACAGCUCCUUUUCGGCGCUUAAACGAGAUGAUGCAGCAAAAGACCCAGCUCCCAGAAGAAGACAUCGUGCUCGUCUAUGCCUCCAAACGCAUCCUACUGGGCGCAACACCAAGGAGUUUGCGAAUGAGAAAGGAUACGACGGAGAUGAUCGAUGUCUGGCCACGCCACGAAUGGGAAGAAGCAAACUCGGCCACCAAACUCCAACCCGUAGUUGCCAAUAGUGUUGACGAAGAUGAUGAUGACAUUGUCGAGAUAAUGCCUCCUACCCUCCCGACUGCUCCUCAAGCCCAGCCAAGCAGUCACGAACCCGCCGACAAAAUCGUGUUGAAUAUGAGGUGUAAGAAGUACCCGACCCCAGUAUCUAUCGAAGCAAAGAGAACUGCGACGUCUAGUCGACUCCUAGCUCGCUAUCUGACGACGGUGGGCGAAGACCCAGCCGAAUUUGACAUCGAAGGAAUAGCCAGGUCCAGGAAGCCGCGUCUCCGACUCAGUUUCGAUGGAGAAGAACUUCAACCAGACGAUCAAAUUGGUAGCACAGAUGCAGAGGAUGAAGAUGUCUGGGACGUAAUUGGCCUAUAG